AUUCUAUGCCCAGUCAACGCCCAGCAUCGUUGUAAAGCAAAUGGCUGUGAUCUCUCCGAUUCUCGUCUCGUACGUGAAGAGCGAGAGACCACUCAGAAAAGACUACCUCGUACUCAUCACUACAACCAUGAUGACCUCCUACUCAACACAAAUCAGAUGCGAAGCGGUGUCUAUAUUCAAAAAUUUCGUCCA